UAUUUAUGAAUCUUCAAAGAAUCAAGAAUCUCCAAAUAUUUCUGAAUUUCUUAAGAUUCAUGAAUCCAUAAGAUUCAUAAAUCCAUUAAAUUCAUAUAUAUCCAGGGAUUCAUGGGUAUUACCAUGUAGGCCGUCACGCCAAGAAGAAGAAUAAAAACAAGCUCAAGAUAUGCGAUUUUUUAGAGACUUAUGAAUCCCUUGAGAUUAGUGAAUCCCUAAAGAUUCGUUUAUCUUUCGAGAUGAAUGAUUUUUUGGAGAUUUACGAAUCUUUCGAGAUGCAUGAGUCUUUGAGAUUGAUGUUCGAGAUUCAGAUCCAUUGAAUCAUUUUAUAGAAUCAUUCAGGCUCAUGAAUCUGAAUCAGAUUUGCCCAACACUAGUUCAGACAGGUGUAUUGUAAAGGAAUUGUUUUAACAUUGCAAAUUGCCCACACCCCUUCCCCUCCGGUCACUGAGACGACUAGAACGAUCUGCCAUACCCGCCCUUCAACCCCUUGAUGACGCUGGGAAGGUCAUCAAGAUCUCGCAUCAAGUGUUUGUGCGCAUCAUUCCAACUCUCAGCAAAAAAAGAAAAAAAGACUCUAACGACAGACAGCGUGCAUUUUUAGCUGCGCUAGUUUCCUACUUUUUUUUUCAAUCCUACGCCACAGUGCGUGCGUGCGUGCCUUACAUUGCGUUCUUUCGGCGCAUCGAGGCUGCAGGUUGCACGCAGUGUCCGUUCGGUGGUACAUUGGUGCAGUUCAAAUUUGCUCGCGUGUCAAGCCGGUCGUAAACUCCUCGGGAUUAUCUAACCUUCCGUUUUUUUUUGUGUCUGUGUGUGCACAAACGGAGGCUUUGUUGUUCCCCUCCCCCCCAGAGUGUUGAAGAGAGCGAGAAAAACAAUUUAAAUAAACAGGAUUUGGUGGGUUUUGAUUUGGGUGAUUUAGCGCGCACAGGUGAAACGUUUGAAAGUGUAUUCUUUUGCUCCCCCCCCCUUGCUCCUCCACCCCCCGCGCAAAAGAACGGUAUCAAUCAGCGCCACUUCAAACGUUAGCAAGCACGUGCAAACACAGGGCGCUCCAACGAUCAACACACGCUCCUCUGCCAAGAGUGCCAAUCAACUUUCGCGCGGUUGCGCUUAUCUUCCCGAAAAAACCAAACGCCUGCAUCAUGCCCUGCAAAACGUGCGGCCAAGACUGCAAAUGUUUGCGCAUGAUGAGCAAGCGUAGCUGCGGCACCCGGUCGUGCGAUUCGGGCUGCACCUGCAGCUGCAACACCGCCACGCCGUGCCGGAGCACCGGCGCCCAGACGGGACCGGACGGGCAGCCGGAGGGAGCGGCCGGACGGCAGCGGUCGGAAGGUGGCCAGGCGGGGUGCUGCUGUGCGACAGCCGACGGUGGCGAGGACGGUGCGAGCGCCGGCUGCGGAGAUGCCUGCACGUGCUAGGAAGGGGACGAAGCGUGCCACCGAGCAGUGCGGCCGCACUCGCUAGAGAGCAAGUGGACGAAUAAAAUCACGCGAACAUUGGGCCAACUGUGGGUGUUUCUUUUGUUUCCCCCUUCUUUGUUUCGUUUUCUCAGUGUCGGUGGCUUGUUAAAGUGUCUUUUUAGCGUUCGUUCUGCUUCAAACGCAUCGCGGCACCAAUGAGCAGCUUUUAAGCAGCUUUGGGGCUGCACAUGCGACCCUUCGCAUCAUAUUUCAGCGACCAACUAUCACAUCUGAUCAGUGAAUCAGACCAUAAAGCCCGUUCAAACAGUCCUUCUAUCGGAUCCCUUAUGGUAAGAAAAGAAUCCAUCGCGGGUCCCAAUAUUCGAUUUAACGCUAAUGUUUUCGGAUCGCUUUCGUGGGACUGUGUGAAAAAUUGGAUCGUCUUAGGAAGUGGUAAGCG